AUGGAAUUUUUAAACGAGUUCAAUUACUUGAGCCGUUUUGGAGAGUACAGUUAUGCCCACUUCACAGAUGUAGAAAGGAGAAGAAACAAAAAGGACGAUCUCUCAUUCCAGAAGAGUGUUGAGGUCACUCCAAAUUGGGAAGCCUUGCAGCGAGUCGAUAAUCUUUGUGACGCACGCGAAAAAGAAGGGAGAGUUCGAGAAGGGGAAUUUUUUCACAUUUCCAAAUGGGGGAUGCAAAGGGGGGGUAGUCACUUGAAGUAUCACAACGGAGGUGAGAGGAACGACACGUCUUCCACUCCCACCGAAGGGGAAAAAGCUGAACAAUCGCAAAGAAGGCCACCUUACAGAGGUGGGACAAGGCAGUUGAGAAGGGAAGGCAAUCCAAGUGAAAACAGCCCAACAGGAGAAAGGAGCAAAGAAAGGAGCAAAGGAAGGAGCAAAGAAAGAAGCAAAGAAAGAAACAAAAACGGUUUUGCGAUCCCACCAAAUGAGACCUUCUUUUAUGAACCGUUUACCUCUCUGUCUGGACAAAUGGAAAAUAAAGGGACCCAUUUAAAUAGUCCAUUUCAUCGGAACAGCAAUGUGGAUAAGCUCCUUGAUCUUGAACCCCAGCAGAGUAACCACGAGAGGAUAGAAGCACCACCCCUGGGUGGGGAGAAAUUGACGCCAUUGAAUUGGGAUCGAAACAGCUGUACACUCAUUUAUUUACACUCCGGUAAUUCCAAAGCGGAAGGAGAAACAUCAAAAGGGGAACCAUCCAUGAACACAGUUCUGCACCCCAAAGGGGACCUUCUCAAAAGUAGCGUUAACAGUAUGCAUGUCGAACGAGUGGAGGACCCAUUUUUAAACCUCAUUGAUCAAGAGAACAGGCCAAAUGGGGUCCCCUUUUUUGAGGGUCAAUCCAACAGGGUGGAGGACCUCACAUCUGCCAUGUUCGAUUCCCAUACGAUUGGAAAUCAGGGGGCAUACAAGAUGGACCCCCUGGGGGGAUGCACUCCAAAAAAGGAGGACCUAAUCCGAACGGAUGAUUUCCACACCCGUGAUGUGCCCCCACUUGGGAGUGAAAAUCGAUUUGGUGGGUCCACCAACUGGAAUGCGAUGAAGAGAGGUGGGAAGGUAGGAGACGGGCAGGGAGGAGACGAGCAGGGAGGAGACGGGCAGGCAGCAGACGGACAGGCAGCAGACGAGCUGGCAACCGACGAGCAGGCAGUUCCAUUCAGCAAAAAAUUGCCCGUUUGGGAGAGUUCCCUCCUCGAGAGAGAGUUCUAUAGUAGCUUGUUCCCCAUGGAUGGUGAUCUCUUCGCUGGGAGGGAAACAAACGGAGGAAGGUUACACAUCGGAGGUAGCGGCACUGUUUGGGGAGACAUCGAUGGUGGCGUCACUGUUUGUGGACACAUGGGAGGUAGCUCCUCUGCUUGUGGACACACUGGAGAGACCGCCAAAGAUGAGCAGACCAACAUCGGUGAUGAAGAACUGAUGGGAAGAGACUACAAUGUGGAGAAGCCUCAUCAGUGGGGCAAGUCCCAUACGGUGGAUCUGUUCCAAAUGGUCAAUAGCAGAAGAGGGGGCAAGACCCCACCUGACAGUCGCAUUAUGAAGAAUUCCACAAAGGAAAGAAUCAAGUUACAGCACGAAUUGAUAAACCUGAGUAGUGAUGGUUCUACAUCGGAGAUGGAUUGGACAAGGAAGGGGACAGCUCCUCGUGGAGAACCGAAUGUGGGUUGGCUCCCCCAGGAGGAAGGAUGCCACAUCGAUGGUUUCAAUAUGAUGGGAGAAGAGAGGACGACGGAGGGUGGGAAAAACCCUCUUUGGGGGAAGCACGACUUUUUCGAUUUCGAACACGGUGAGGAGGUAGGUGCAUCCGAAAGGGGAAGGCCCGACUGGAUCGGAGACAUCUCCAAGCGAAUGACAAGCCGGGAAGUAGGAAACACAAAAGGGGAGUCUCGUGGGGGACUCUUAACAGCGGCACGCCAUCGAAGGGAUGGCAAAGCGGAUGGGGAGGCAGGGGAACGAGAGGAAGUGGCAGAGAAAGAGGAAGGAGAGGAAGACGUGCCAACCUACCACGACCACUACUUAACAGAGAAGCGGAUCAUGGAAGAGGCAGCACCGAUGGAGGACGAAUGCAGCUCCUUCUUAGACAUCAUUGAUGAGAUAGUUAGCAUAAGCAAAGAUAUAAUCGGAACUAAUCAGAACGAGGAUGGUGUGGUGGAGACUCUACAGCGGAGCCCAGACGAGGGUACAGACUACUCACAAAUUGGGGAGGGGCACCUUCCGAGGGAACUCCAAAUGGGGCUCCAUCUCGGUGUUGCUCUCGAAGAAGUGGUAGAACCGGCUGAGCAGUCCACCCACGCGGGUGUUUAUAAGGACCCACCUGAGGAUAUAAUUGUCGACGAUGUGUAUGCCCACUUUGAAAAGUUGAUCGAGUUGUGCAGGAAGGGGGAGGAACCGUGUGACGAGGUGGUGACGGCAAAGGGGAGGGAAGGCCCCAUUCACGGAGCUGUUUGCGGGGCAGUUCACGCAGCAGUUCUGAAAAAUCCACAUAGUAUGGAGGUGAAUACCCAACAGGUGGCACCCCCAUGUUGGAGAAACAGGUCGGGUGAAACGAAAGGUGCCACACGUGGGAUCCAAGAAGAGGACCCUCAGGAGGACCCCCAGGAGGAACCCCAGGAGGAACCCCAAGAAAACCCCCGUGAGAACCCCCAGGACAGCCCCACAUGUGGGACCGCCUCAGGAUGGGAAGACCCCCCCACUAUGGAGCUCUGCGAGGGGCUGUACCGCGUGCUGAUGUGUAGAGACUAUUUGGAGGCCCUCCCUGUGUUGGCGGCGCACACGGGGGGGAAGCGAGCCGAUGGGAGACCCAUAAGCGAGAUAAGCGGUAUGUGCGAGCGAAGCGGUAUGUCCGAGCUAAGCGGCAUGAUCGAGCUAAGCGGCAAAACCCAUUGUGGUGCAGGCAACUACCCAAGUGAUGGGCCCCUCCCAGGAAACGUGAGCCUUGUCACCUUCCACACCUACCUUCGCAGAGCCAAAAAAAUGAACAAAAGAGGCUUCACCGAAAUGUACGACUACAGCGAUUACGUAUACACACACAUGCAGAAGAUAUUCCAAAUGGAUAUAACACGCUUCUUCUUCACUAGUAAUUAUCUAGAAAAUAUGAACAGGUACAUAAUUAAAAAAAACAAGCUCAUUAAUGACCUGACGAAUGCAAAAAAUUUUAUAAAUAAUUUUUUACAGAAGAAGGAAAACGUGGUUACUCAGAAGAAGUUUUGCAAUGACGUGACCUACCCGAUGUACUUUUUGAUUUUCACCAAUCUGUUAGUAACCCUGUGGCAUAGGUCCUUUUCUCAUUUGGAAGGAGCCAAAUGGAACCAGCUGGUCUGGUUCCUAAUCAGGCGUCUCCGCAAGAAGACAACGAUUUGUGUGUUAAGAAGGAGUUACUCCCUUCUGUCUCGCAUUUAUCAGUACCUCACCAAAUAUCCCCUAGAUGAGAAGCAGAAAAAAAAAAUUAUUAGCAUUGUUAAACGGAGCAGAAGCUUCAAAAUGGUUCAGAAAAACGUACAUAAAAUCAAUACCUUCUGUUUUUAUGUCCUCAUUUUUUUCCUCCCCCUGUCGGUACCUCCAUUUGGCAAGGACCUCAACACACGUGACUACUUCCUGCACUGUUUUCUCAGAAACUUUAACAAAGUCGUUUUGAGGUACGCCAAGGAGCAUACCAGCGACGGCCGCAGAAGCGAAAACAUGCGCGACAUCGUCCGUAAAGCGGUGAGCAGCUCGAAGAAGAACAUCUGCCGGUUGAAGAUGCAGAGCCUCGGGCAGGUGUUCCGCUGCUCCUUCGAAGAUGCCCCCCGGGGGGGUAGACCGGUAAGCGGAAGUACUAGCAGCCAUGCAAAGGGGCAGCCAAACCGCCAACAAAAUGGACUGCCAAACCGCCAACAAAAUGGACUGCCAAACCGCCAACAAAAUGGGCUGCCAAACCGCCAACAAAAUGGACUGCCAAACCGCCAACGAAAAGGGCUGCCAAACCGCCAACCAAAUGGGCUGCCAAACCGCCAACCAAACAACCUCGUGGACGCCGUGCGGGACAUACACAUAAGCGCAAGAAUCGAGCAGAUCGAGAAGGAACUGACCGCCUACCUCAGAGCAAACGCCCAUUUCCACGACACCUUCUUUAACGUCAUCGUGCCCUUGGUGAAUGGCCUCACAAUCCUUUUGGAAAACCUCGAGAUGAUCUUUGCCCUGUACGUAAAGCACAGAGUGCGCAAGAGCAGGAAGCUGCUUUUCUUUCGUAACCCCUGGCUGUGCAGCUAUGACGUCUUCCUGUCCUUCACUCAGUCGGGGGGACCCGCCCCGAACUACGCAGAAAAAAGUGGGAUGGCCACAGUGACUAGGGGUGUAGCGGGCAUCUUAACGGGCAGCUUAACGGGCAGCUUAACGGACGAUUCAGCUGACAGCCCACCCACAGACUUCGCGGCCUACAUCGCGCAGCAGGACCGCCAGCUCGCGCAGGACGACCUGGGGGCACUGUACGACUUCAAGAGGGCUAAGGAAAUGCUGCUCCUGGGGAGUAGGGAAAAGGGGACAUCCCGCAGAAACACAGAUGGGGCUGACAAACGAAGGCCCCACAAACGAGGGCCACACAAACAGAACGAUCUCGCAGAUAGGGACCGCGCAAAUCACGCCAAGUUAAACGCCUACUAUUCCUACAUAUUAAAGUUAUGCCAUGACGAGCGGUACAAAGAAAUAAACACGAGAGCUUUGAGAUGUCUUUUCUACAGCUUGUAUUUUAGUUGA